GACGCGGCGGUAAUCUACCUAAAACCUGAAGUGAAACAUUCUUCUGCCCCCCAACCGGAUGACCAAAAUGGACUCGUAUAUCCGAGUCUGGACCACACCUCAGCGUUCGACGUUCGACGUUUGAGCUCGGACUACAGUUUGGUCCAAGAUUUAUCAUCUCACUGUCUCGCAAAUGGGUUUCAUGACAGAAAGGAGAAGUCAGCUAUUUCGACAUCUCAUGUGUACACACUAUCAGCCAUGAGGAAAUCAUUGCAGUUGAGCCCCCAGAUCUCGAGUCACCGGGUCGCAGAGGAGAUCUAUUGUGGGAAAAAAGGCGCGUGGAUCUUGACGCCCUUGAAAAAUCACCCUGAAGAGAGGACGCUUGACGCACGGAAGGGAGUCAUUGGUCACUGGGCAGCGAGGAUAGAUUGUGAGAAACAAGACACGUGGAUCUUGAGUGCAUGGGGGCUGAUGGAGAGUCGUGACCCAGGCCCAAGUCUGAUUGUAUCAAUGAAAGUGCAUCCGGACCGAUACAUCAGUUCAUUAUAG